GCCAGACCCUGAAGCCACCCUCCUCCUCCUCCUCAUCAUGUCUUUGGCGGGCCUGAGGUGCCUGGUGACGGGAGCCGGGGGCUUCCUGGGCAGGAGGAUUGUGUGCCAGUUGCUGGAGGAAGGAAACGGAGACGGCGGGCCAACUGAGGUGCGCGCCUUGGACAAAGCCGUUGGGAUGGAGGCACGGCAGGAGUUUGGCGAAGUAAAUACAAAAACCCUCUUGACAGUCAUUCAGGGGGAUAUUCGGGACAUGGCAACUCUUCAGACAGCAGUCCAAGGCAUCUCCCUCGUCAUCCAUACAGCUUGUAUCAUUGACAUCUUAGGCCACGUGGACAAGCGCACGCUCUGGGACGUCAAUGUCCGAGGGACACAGCUACUGCUUGAGAGUUGUCUCCGCAACAAUGUUCCGUAUUUUAUCUACACGAGCAGCAUUGAAGUGACGGGUCCAAAUUGCAGAGGUGAUCCCAUCUAUGAUGGCGAUGAAGACACAGUGUACGAGAGCACUCAAGGCUUUCCUUAUGCUGAAACCAAGAGAAAGGCAGAGAAAUCUGUUCUGGAGAUGGAUGGCCAACCACUGAAGGAUGGGAGCAGUUUUGUGACGUGUGCUUUGAGAUCUAUGUAUCUCUAUGGAGAAGGGAGUAUUUAUCUUCAGGGUCAUCUCGAUGAGAGUCUCCAAAACAACCACAGGUUUCUGAGGAUCUCUCAACCACAGGCUCUGGUCAAUCCAGCUUAUGUGGGGAAUGUUGCUUGGGCUCAUAUCCAAGCAGCUAAAGCCAUGAAGGAUCCAGAGAAGGUCAAGCGAAUCCGUGGACAAUUCUAUUUUGUCUCAGAUGAUACACCCCAUUUAAGCUAUUCAGAUCUCAAUUAUGAGCUGAGCAAGGAGCUGGGAUUUGGUAUUGAACCCAAGUUAGCUAUGCCACUGACGAUCCUUUAUUGGUAUGCUAUGUUGCUGGAGACCGUGAGCUUCUUGCUUCGCCCUUUUGUGAGAUAUGUUCCUAGGGUCAAUCGUUGUCUUCUGACUUUGCUGAAUACCCCAUUCAGCUUUUCUUACAGGAAGGCACAAAGGGAUUUUGGUUAUGUGCCACGGUACAAAUGGGAAGAAGCCAAGCAAUUGACAAGUCAAUGGAUCGCACAAAUAACUCCACUGAGGACAGCCUACCUGAAAAACAAAACUAACUAAGGCUGAUCUCCAUGAAGGAAAAGCAGGUGGUAGAAGCCAAAGAGAUGAGGGAAGUUAUAUGGAGGUGUGAUAAUAUAUAUAUGUAUAUGUAUACACAUGGGUGGGAGGAAGGAAUCAUAGAAUCUUAAGAGUUGGAAGAGACCUCAUGGGCCAUCCAGUCCAACCCCAUUCUGCCAAGAAGCAGGAAAAUUGCAUUCAAAGCACCCCCGACAGAUGGCCAUCCAGCCUCUGUUUAAAAGCCUCCAAAGAAGGAGCCUCCACCACACUCCAGGGCAGAGAGUUCCACUGCUGAACAGCUCUCACAGUCAAGAAGUUCUUCCUAAUAUUCAGGUGGAGUCUCCUUUCUUGUAAUUUGAAGCCAUUGUUCCGCAUCCUAGUCUCCAGGGCAACAGAAAACUUAUACUGGCUGGGAGGGGAAGCUUCUUCUUUGUUUUAUGUUUUAUUUUAUUUUAUUUUCAAUGUGCCACCUCCUGCCACCAGUUAAACUUAUGUGUGCUUUUAGGCACCAAGGCAAUGAUGCUGUUAAAAAGGGGAGAAAGAAGAAUAAACUUCUCAGAAACACAACAA